AUGCUGCCGCCACACGUGGGCCCCCCCGCCGCCCGCCGGGCCCAGGCCACGCCCCCGACAGCGCCUAUUGGCUGCGGGCGGCGGGAUCCCGCCUCCUAUUGGCCCUGUGGCACCGCCUGCCGGUUCCGGAAGGGCGCCCUGCCCCGCCCCCGGCCGGCGGAGUGGUGUCACUCUGGGACUCCUCAGCCAGCCCCACUAUCGGGCAUGGUCUCCGAUCCCUCCUUUGUGGAGUCSCAGGCACCUGUCCUUGGGUAUGCUGGAGUGAAAGAACAGUCUUGCACCUCCUCCUUCAUCCUCUUCUUUGUGRUGUCCACCAUAAGCCCGAUCGCGGCUUCAAAGAGAUGGACGGACAGCUCCCACACAGUGUCAGUGUCCUUGGGGAAGAGAGGAGGGUGUGAAGAUGGAUAUCCCCAAAACGGCCUGGGGCAGCCCUGCUCCAGAUGGCAGCGGAGCUGCGGCAAUGCRGGUCUGCCCAGCGGGGCUUGGUGUCCCUGGGGCCGGGGCUGGACAGGCAGGCCCUGCGGAGGGCUGGGCACGUCAGGGCAGGGUGUGCCGCCCUCCGCACAAGGCUGGGUGAGUCCAUGCGGGAAUUCGGGAGCAGCCCGGAUCGGAGCGGCAGCGCGGCUCCUCCGGCCGCCAGAGGGCGCGGGGCGGAGCGGGGCGGGGCCGGCGGAGGAAGUGACGGCAGCGGGGCCGGAGAGCGUGAGAAGAAUGGGCUCCAUGUCAGAGGAGCUCAGCUUGGUCCCCUUGCACCAGAGGCCGGAGCUGCUGGAAGCCUGUGCCGAGCUGCUGGGCGAGGAGUGGGGGAAGAGCCGGGCGUCGCGGCUCCACGCGCUCCAGCGCUCCUCGGACACCUUUCCUGCCUGCCUGCUGCUGCUGCGGAGCCGGGGCCCCAGCGAGACCCCCGCUGCCCGGGAGGGGCCCUGCCAGCUCGURGGCCACGUCCGGCUGUCCCGCGUGGUGGGCCGUCCCCAUGACCUCUUUGUGGAGAGCGUGGUGGUGGCCCGGGCGCUGCGGGGCCAGGGCUAUGGGCGGCGGCUGAUGGAGGCCACCGAGCGGUGGGCCCGGGCCCGGGGCUUCAGCUGCCUGCACCUCACCACCCACGACAAGCAGCAUUUCUAUGCCCACCUGGGCUUUGUCCUGGGUGAGCCGGUGCAGAACGUGGCCUUUCUCAGCCCUGCUAUAUCCUCCGAGGUGCUGCGUCUCUUCUCUGCCCCUUCUGGGGCUGCCACUGCCACUGCCACUGCCACCACCGCCAGGCCACGGGUACCCGCUGCGCCCCCGCCUCCCCUCCCGCCCAUUACUGUCCCCCCACCACCUCCCCCACCGACUGUGAUCUGGGCGAGGGGUGUCCUGGCUGAGAGCAGCGAGCAGAGCCUCCUGAAAACCCCACACCGUGAUGCCAAAGGGCUCCCCAUCUUCUGGAUGAAGAAGGACAUCUGAGGGGCUGGGGCCCCGAGCCAGYGAUUAAAAGCAGUGCGGGUGGGAGCUGCCCGCCGCAGCACUGCCUGCCUGCCUGCCAUUCUUCAGGGCUGGCACCAGCUGUCCCAGCCUCCCUGGUUCACCCUGGCCACAUUGCGGGGUAGGGGUGCUGGGAGGGAGGUGGUGCCCGUACCCUGCUCUCCCUGGGCAGCCCCCAGCUCACCUGGAUGGGGCUCUGGAACCACCAGCAUGGUGGGGAGCCAGGCCCACCCCAGGCUGUGGGGUUGGCACUAGUCCCCAGGGGCACUGCCUAUCCCACCAGUGUCUCCUCCACUCGGGAUUGGGUGUGUGGGGGCUGACGGCAAGUGGUGGCCACCAGCAUGGCCACAGCUGAGCAGCCUGGGGAAACUGAGGCAYGGCAUGGCUGGAGGGGCACCGGGG